AUGACCACCGUCACUCCCCUCAGCGGCACUGCCUACACGGUGUGGCCGGUGAUGUGGACGUACCUGAACCAGAAGGGGCUGAAGCAGGUGGAUGAGGAGGCGGCGCUGGCGCUGUGCCGCAAGGGAGCAGUGAUUGUGGAUGUGCGCUUGGCCGCUGACUACAAGAUUGAGCACAUCGAGGGCGCCCUGUCGGUGCCCAUGUUCCGGGAGACGGCGGGCAACACAGGGUGGGACAAAGUCAAGAAGUUUGUGAUGGGAUCGCUGGUGAUGAAGGCCACCGAGCGGGACCCCGACUUUCUGGCCAACUUUGAGCGGGUGGUGGGCAAGAACAAGCGCAAGACGAUCAUCGUCGCCUGCGCGGUGGGCGGCACGCUGGACACCGUUGUGCGCGUGGCCAGCACCGGCAAGCAGGCCAGCGACCCGGACCGGUCGUUUGGGCGGGAGACGCGCAGCCUGAAGGCGUGCUACGAGCUGAUGACUGCGGGGUACACCAAUGUGGUGCACCUGCAGGGCGGCCUGUCCACCUGGCGGUAUCGGGGCUACCCCACCGAAGGCACGGGCGUCGGCAACUGA